GGGUCACGGACUCCAAAAUAUCGCAAAAUUGACAUUUCGACGACUUAAACACGAAAAUAUCUAAAAAUACAGCACCGAACGUAAAAUAAAAAAGGUAGAUGAUGAAAAGCCGUUUCUUACUCUUCUUCAUCGUUUUCUCUCUCUCCGUCUUCAUUUCUUCUCUGAUCGCAAGUGACUUAGGGUUCUGCAACGAAGAUAUGGCCUUGCUCGGCGGCGUUCGCGAUGUACCUGUUAACCAGAACAGUGACGAGGUCGAGAGCCUCGCUCGUUUCGCUGUCGAUGAGCAUAACAAGAAGGAGAAUGCUCUGCUCGAGUUUGCGAGAGUUGUGAAGGCGAAGGAACAAGUUGUUGCCGGUACGCUGCAUCACCUGACUCUGGAGAUCGUCGAGGCUGGGAAGAAGAAGCUUUACGAAGCGAAAGUGUGGGUGAAGCCAUGGUUGAACUUUAAGGAGUUACAGGAGUUCAAGCCUGCCAGUGAUGCCCCUGCCAUUACUCCCUCCGACCUUGGCUGCAAGAAAGAUGAACAUGAAUCUGGAUGGAGGGAAGUUCCAGGAGAUGAUCCAGAAGUGCAGCACGUUGCUGAGCAUGCUGUCAAGACCAUCCAGCAGAGGUCGAACUCCUUGUUCCCCUAUGAACUUCAGGAGGUUGUGCAUGCUAACGCUGAGGUCACCGGCGAGGCUGCAAAAUUCAACAUGCUUCUCAAGUUGAAGAGAGGAGAAAAGGAGGAAAAAUUCAAGGUGGAAGUUCACAAGAACCAUGAAGGUGUUCUUCAUCUCAACCACAUGGAGCAACACCAUGACUAGUCCUCUCCUCUGUUAAUGUAUAUUGAGUGUUUGCUUGCUCUGUAGUCUCUGUAAGAUAUUAUAACUUCUGAUGCAACUAUGAACCCUUAAAUAACAUAUCAGGAGAAAUAAAAUAAGUUUUUAAAGGGCGUA